GGACUUGAGAUUUUACAUCCGGAGGUGCAAAAUGUUGUGCAGCGGUCUUGUUUGCACGGUCGAACAGUGUUCCUGAGUGUUUUCAUCAGCUUCAGAAGUUUGCUUUCGCUUUUUAAAAAAAAUGUCGGGCUAACGCAGCAGUGCUUUGGAGAGUUUCGUUGGACCAGUGGGAUGUUUAAAGGGAAAGCGAAAGAAUGUCUAAACUUGAGCGUCUGAAUGCCCGUGUGGCCAAGCUGCUGACCGUCGCUGUGCAUGAGGUGCUGGAGGUGGUGAAGGAGACGGUGUCGGAGUACCAGGAGAAAACUGCCAGGACCCAGAGAGAGAACGAGAGUCUGAGGAGGAGGCUGCAGGAGCUCCAGGACAAGAUCACCAGAGAGAGCACACCUCCUCUACUUAGAAGUGGUCCUGUUCCUGAAGAAAAAGAAGACACAGACAAACAAGAACAAGAGCAGGAUUUAAGUCUCAGUCUGAAGCUAAACUCAGUAGUCAUUCAGACAGAACAAAAACCAAUAAGUAGCCUCAAACCUGAGCUUGACUUGAAGCAGGAAUCCAAAGAACUGGAUGCAGCUGAAUCACAAGCUGAGUGCAACUUGGCACAAACAUCAGUGGAACAUUGUCCAGUGCAGCAGGAGCAGGUGACUCACAUUACUGAGGAGGCAGUGACUGUGCAGACAUCGCACAGCGCAAAACGGGAUGCUGACGUGCCCGACAUUGCAAGCACCUCUCCCUCCAGCGCUCCACUCGGCGCCAGCCCCCCUGUCAUCAAAAGUGAACCACAGCCAACGGACUGCACCAUAUUGGAGCAGCCAGCCUCUCAAGAAACGUAUAACGGCUGUAUGGAUUUAAGCUGCAACUCUUCUCGUCAUGACUCUGCUGAGAGCCAGACACCACAAGUUAGUGCCGCACCUUAUGGACUCGUCUUUGUUCACUCAAAUCACAACGCCUUAUCUAGGAGGUAUGGGUUUGCGAAAACCAACAGGGCUUCCAUCGACGGGAGGAAAAACAGGAGGGAGAACUUCAGGAGGGAUGACCCACACAUCUGUUUUGUAUGUGGAAAGACUUUCAGCAGGGUGGGGAACCUGCGCAUUCACCAGCGCUGUCACACAGGAGAGAAGCCCUAUGGCUGCCUGCAGUGUGGGAGGUGCUUCAGCCAGGCGGGAGACCUGAAGAAACACAAGAGGGUCCACACAGGGGAGAAACCGUAUUACUGCCACCAGUGUGGAAAGAGCUUCAGUCGCGGGGAGAAUCUGAAACGACAUCAGAAGAUCCACAUUGGAGAGACACUGCAGUUACAGCAAGUAUGGAGAGACCACAAGUGAUCGGUCACUUGUGUCUGCUCUGUCUGUUCUUCUGUCUGCAACUCUUGACAUAGUAGUGAAAUCAGCACGCUGGAAUUGCUGGGAAAUCAUGAAGGAUGAUCAUGUUGUUCCUUUAGAGAAACUUCAGAAAUUGCUGUGGGGUGUUUGAAUUGUAAGCUACAGAAAAAAUCAAAAUCUCCUGUAAUUUACGGUGCACUUUUGCAGGGAGCAACUUGCUGUUUGACGGUGUGAGCCAGCCAAACAAUGCAUUGUUGCCAUUCAAAUAGCCAGUCGUGUGCUAAUGAUGCUAACCUGUAUACCCCUCUCAUUACACUUAAAUAGAACCUCAGUAAAGAACUCACUUACACAUAAGGCUAAUGCAGCGCAGUAGGCAGUGGAUUGUGAAUGCAGUGAUGUUUUAUCCAGGGGACCCGUGGAGUGUUUUAGCAGGUUAAAACACUCCAGGGUUCCUCCUGUCACAGUGUUAAAGAAUGUAGCACUAUGUUUGGUCAUGUACAGAAUGUAUCUCAUUUUACACCACAUACACAAAAGACAAUAACUGAUACUGUGAUUAUAUAUAUAUAAAAAAAAAAAAAAGAAACACAAUUUUGUAUGUGAAUGGCAUGAUGCUUAUUAAAGUCUGAUUUGCUGGAA